UCAGCUGUUUUUAUAGCCAAAUUUGACAAAAUGCCAGAGUUUAUGAGUCGUGUUUGAAUUGAAAUUAUAAAAAGUACCGAUCAUUUUCUAGAGAAAUGCAUAAAUCUUCUGCAAUUUAAUUUAUUUCUUUUAUUAUGUGACGGAUAUUAGAAUAAGUUACCAUCUUCGUCCUAUACAAAGAUUUGUAAUAGAGUUUGUAGAUUCAAAUUUUGAUCAUAAAAAUGGUUAGAGCUGCUAGCGUGGUAACUACACCUCUGCAAAUACAGACGCGUCGGCAGAAGCUGCUAGGGGGGGUAAAUUCACCCCCUACACCUCACAGGAUCGAGCUACGCAGCGAAAGCAACGAAGACAUAGCCUCCAAGGAACCUCUUAUUAUAUGUCAACCUCCUGCGCCAAAAGCACGAAAAAAGCUUCUAAACAGUCAACCAGUUAACGGGAUCAAACAAAAUGGCACUUGUCAAAUUCAAGAACCGCCUCGAAAUAAUGCCAAGGUCAACAAUCAACAGAAGCUAACAGAGUUUUUUCCUGUCAGAAGAUCAGUGCGCAAGACGAAAACAACUGUUUUGGAAGAGAAGCAGUUGGCUUUGGAACAAUCGGUACGAAGCGAAGUGGAAGAAGGGCUGGAAGUCUGUUAUUUCGAAGGUAAAGGGAGGGGCGUGGUAGCCGCUAAGGAAUUCAGGAAGGGCGACUUUGUGGUGGAGUACAGCGGGGAUCUGGUGGAUACAGUGGAGGCGAAAAUUAGGGAAGAAGCCUAUGCCCAAAAUGAAAAUGCAGGAUGCUAUAUGUAUUAUUUUAAACAUAACGGUAUUCAGUAUUGUAUAGACGCUACGGCAGAAACCGGAAGAUUAGGUAGACUGGUAAAUCAUUCUCGAAAUGGUAACUUGAUGACAAAAACUAUUAUUAUUGAUAAAAAACCGAGACUAGUGCUUAUCGCCAAAGAGGACAUCAGUAAGGGAGAAGAGGUGCUGUACGAUUAUGGGGACAGGUCUAAAGAAUCUUUAAAACACCAUCCUUGGCUAGCAUACUGAUACGGAAAUUUGAAUUACUUGAACAGUUCAACAUGUCCUCGAAUGUCAUUUUUUAAACAAAAAUUUUGACUCAAAUCAUGUACACUUGUAUUGUCUAAAAAUUAGUUUUUUCCUCUAUAUCUUAAAACUGUACAAUUAGAUUUAGAUUUUAAAUUGACAAUGUAUGAGUAUUGACAAUUGAUCAGUACAGUAUGUUUCCGUUCUUCGUCAGUACAAUCUUUUCGAACUGCAACUAGAUAUUUAGUUUUAUUUAUUUUAUUUUAGUAGUACAAAUUUUCCUGGGGUACUUACGUUUUGGACUGUACUUUGUUUUAUCCUAUAAUUUAAGAAAAAAGAAUCUUUGAUACAUUUUCUGGAACGUUAUAGGUGCCUUUUUUAUUUCAGAAAACGAUGUCAUAGCAGGCAUAGAAAUAACGUUUCAGAUCAAACUUUAUCAUCUUGACUACUUAAGUUUUUGACAAUGACAGUAGCAUUUGUUUGAACAUUGUGACAAGAAUUUUAUUUUAAAUUAGAUUACACGUUGCUGUCGACGUUAAAAAUUUCGUCAGUAGUCAGAAAGUGACGUUAUUUGUGUCACUUUAUGCAGAUUAUACAGUUAUAUUAAUUUUCAGUAGUAUUAUUUAUUAUAGUAUUUUUUAGAUCUUGAUGGCUAAAUGAAAUAUCAACGCUACCCCUUAAAUUUUUAAUACUUUAGUGUAUUAUUUUAUUUAAAUGAUUUUGCACUGCCCGUAAAAAAAGUUCUCAACACAUUAAAAACAGACUUCAUAUUAUAUUUCUAUAGCUUAACUAAAAUCAUUUUUUUUGUUCUAGUAAAGGUACUGUUUUUUUGUCAUGUUACAUGUGUCAAUUGUCACACGACCAGAGUAUCAAUUGUAACUUAACAAAAGUUAUUUGUAACAUGGCAUGUAUCAAAUGUUAUAUGACAUGUCAAAAGUGAUUUUCCCUAUCACUGGGUAUGCUGAAUUGAUUCCCCUAACUGAAUUAUACAUACAAACAUCUCUUUUGUUUGGAAACGUGCGGCGGUCACUGGGUAUUUAUUACUUCUACUUAAUAAAAAUCUUAGAAUUAAAUAGUAACUGCCUUAUAAUGUAAUUAUUUGUCAAUAAUUUGUAUAUCAGUAGGAGUCAGAAUGGUAGAAAAUGUUUCUGUAAUUUUUUAAAACAGUUUUUUUGGUAUAUUAGUUUACAAAGCAAAUUUUGAACCUGCCAAUCAAUGUCAAACUUACUGAUGGCUUAUCCUAGUUAUAGUCUAAGAGCUAGCAACGUUUUCGAGAAAGUAUUUUAAGACGUCUGGCUCUUUGAUAUAUCUUUUACUAUGCUCUCUGGAACAGCAUGAGGCCCGUCUGGCUGCCGAUACCCGUUGC